UUCGCCUUGUCAUUGUAUCCGGAGAGAAGCGCGUGGUCAGCGGCUCCAGCGACGGCUCCACUGCAGCGGACCUGGUACAUGGUGGUGUGUGAAGUCAGACUUUAAGCCAGACAUGGACAUGGAACAGAGAGCUGAAGAGGUUUUGGACUCGCCGAAGGCCACAAUGGAAACGGAGGUUGUGUCAAAGGUGGAGAUGCCGGAGGAGGACACGGAGCCUGAGAAGCCAGCAGCUGCCGGGGAAGAGGCCGAGCAGCUGGCAGUGAAUGUUCCCGAUACAGAGGUCCCAAAGCAGCAGGAAACGGAAGAGUCGAUCGUCACGCUGUCUGAGGAAAUGAACGAAAUGGAGAUUGAGGACGUCUUGCCCGGAGAAAAAGCUGACGUGGAGUCGGUGCCCGUUGCGGUGGCGCCAACAGAUUCGGACAAGUCAUCUGAAAAGAUCUCUGACCCAGCUGCGGCGUUGGACGCAGAACCGGAAAAAAUGCCACCCGGCCAAGAGGAGAACGGGUCAGAACAAGUGGGAACUGAGACAGACUUGCAGACUGCGAUGGAUACCGGGGCAGAUGAAGUUUCCACAGAGGUGGUGGCGGAAAAAGAUGUCGUGGAAGAGGAAAAACCAGCAGAGACGGUAGUGUUGGCGGCCGAGGCUGCAAAGCCGACUGAGGUCCUGGAAGUAGAAAAACCAGCAGAGACGUUGCCGUUCUCCGUGGCAGAAAAAGGUGUCGUGGCAGAGCCGACAGUGGAAGAGGAAAAACCAGCAGAGACGGUAGUGUUGGCGGCCGAGGCUGCAAAGCCGACUGAGACCGUGGCAGAAAAAGAUGCCGUGGAAGUAGAAAAACCAGUAGAGACGGUAGUGUUGUCGGUCUCCGUGGCAGAAAAGGGUGUCGCGGCAGAGCCGACAGUGGAGGUGGAAGAAGAAAAACCAGCAGAGACGGUCGUGUUGGCCGCCGAGGCUGCAAAGCCGAUUGAGACCGUGACUUUAAAGGAGGAGGCAACAACCACUGAAAGUGUGGAACUUGCAAAGGACGAGAAGGAAGCUGAGCUCCACAAGGAAGAGGACGCCGCCCCUGCAUCCGGCUCCCUGUCCUUCGCCCUCCUGGAACGGGAGCAGACCAAAGACGCCCUGCGGACGUCUCGUACCCUCGUUGUCCUCAAAGGCCUUCCGGGAAGCGGUAAAAGCUUCUUGGCACGCGCCAUAGCCGACGCCUACAAAGGCCACUGCUCCGUCUUCUGUGCCGACGACCACGGCGUGAAGCCGGAGGAUCCGGAAUCCUCCGUGGAAGGGUACCGGGCUCUGGAUGAGGCGGUGGUGGCCUGCUGCGGCGCCGGCGCGGCGUCCUCUGCGCUGAUGGUGGUGGACGACACGAACCACACCCAGGACCGACUGGCCCGCUUGGGGGAGAUCGCCAUGCGGCACGGCCUCGUCGUGGUCUUCUUGGAGCCGCUUACGGAAUGGAGCCGAGAUCCAGCACGGCUCCGCGAGAAGAACACGCGUGGCCUGGAGGAGGCCCAGCUGGAAGCCAUGAAGGCGUCGCUUGAGGAGAUGUCCAUCCCGCUUUACUUUGGCUGGUUCCUUCUCUCCUCCAUCCAGGACAAGGUCCGGUGCACGUCGAUGGACUUCCUGAAAACGCUGGACACCUUGAAGGCCUUCAAGAAACACUUGAUUGAUUUCACUGGGAAAGCCGAGAAGGAGGUGGAUUUGGAGCAGUACUUCCACGCUACGGGAACCCUCCAUUGCACGACACAAUUCUGUGACUUCGGCAAAGUGAAGGGUUCAAAGGAGUAUGCAAACAACCCAGCGGUGAAGGAGUCCUACGGUUCUGCAUCCGAGCUGUCGCUCAGCGCCCUCUUUGUGACUCCUCGCACCGUUGGUGCCAGAGUGUCUCUCUCCCAGGAGCAGCUUGUGCUGUGGCCAGCUGAUGCCGAGAAGGAGGCGGAGGAGGGGUCUGCCUCCCUGCCUCUGGGAACCCAAGCCCACAUCACUCUGGGGUGUGCCGAGGGCGUGGCACCUGUUCAGACGGGCCUGGAUUUGCUCCAAAUCCUGGCCCUGCAGCAGGAAGGCCAGCAGGGGGAGCUCAUCGAGGAGAUGGAGCUCGGCUCGCUGACCUACUACGGCGAGGGAAGGUGGCUGCUCGCUCUCCGAGAGCCCAUCUGCACCACGGCCAUUUUCUCCGACUUCUACGGGCCCAAGGAGCUCGAGCCGACCAAAAAAGAACCGGAGAAGAAGAAGAAGCACAAGUGCGCCAUCAUGUAAAGGGCAGAUGCGGAGAUGUGUGUCCAGGAUGACCGGUGACUUGGGCUUCAUCUGUGCACGGUUCAGGGUUCAGUCAUGGCCACCCUAAAUCUACAAGCUGUGUGCCUUUUUUUCCUUCUUCUUCUUUUACCGUUUUGCACCACAACCCAAGAUGCCUUGAACAACGUUAAGUAUCUUGUUUCACGUAUCGGUGCCAGAGUUGCAGUCCCUGGCUGUUUGCUGAGGCGUUAGCUGCAGUUUUAGAAGUUAGUUUGGCCUCGUCCUGUCGUUCCACGCUUCUGAAACUUGGAGUUCCUCCUCUUCAGGAGUCAUUAUCUGUCAGUAUUCAGUUGUGAAUUACUAGGUACUUUCAUUGCAUGCAUCACAAGUAAAAAAAACAACAUUUGUCGCAUACAUGACAUUCAAAUAGCAUUUUAAACGUAGCAUAUUCAUUCAAUUAAGCAUAGUAACAAAUGUCUGCCCUGCUAUAAGUACCAACUUCAACGUAAUGCGUUUAGUGUUUCCUUUGGCUUAGUUGUAAGUGAAGGAAAUAGCUGGCAUGUCUGUAUAAGUGUCUAUGUGUGUGCACUGUCUAUGAAGUAGUUAUUGCAAUAGCUUAUGGGCCAAGUUAUCUAUUUGAUUAAGUGUAUUAGAAUGACUGUCAUUCAUAGAGGUCCUUCCUUGUAACAUGUUUGCACUGUGCAUAGUUUAAAAGGGAGAAUGCUGAUGACUUUGUCAUGUCUUUCUGCAGCUUGCACUUAAUACUUCUUAAACGCUGUGAACCCAACUUCAUGUUUUGCAACCUUUUCUACUUCGCAAGACUGCACCAUCGAUCCCUUUUUUAUUCUCUGAACGGCACUUCAUGUAUUGCAUUUGGAUUUGUAUCCCCCUGUGACUGUAAUUUGUAAAGGGCAAUUCCAACUUUGUGUAGCGUUUAUGAAUCACUAUUUUUGCACUUGUUUUGUACACUUAAUAAAAAAGAACGUGCUUUGCUCCAGUA